UUCUACAUACGCUUCUCUUCGCCGAGCAUUGGCGUAUAGGAGGAACCAGCUCGUUUUUCCAGUCCCAGCGCAGCGCUCGGCUCGCCAGUCUGCUACCGGCGCUCAAACUCACCGGUCGCGCACGAACGACUUUUUUUUUUUUUUCAUUCCCGCACUAUCGUCGUAAAGAGGUACACUCGGUAAACCCACGAAGCGCCGCGCGUUCCUCUGUCUUUGGUUGUAAUCGUCCGAUCUGCCGAUAAAGGAGGGAAAAAUCGAAAAACAAAGGGACAUGCGACCGAUCGGCUGCUGAUCGGCAAACGCAUAUCACACGCACACACCCGUUGAAAUGCCGAUCAAGAAGAAAGAGAGGGCCUCGAGCGGCCGCAAAAACAGCAGCCGCAGCGGCAGCUCCUCGACGGAGGUCAAAACGAGCAGCAGUACCGAGCAGGUGAUACACACGCACGAGGAAUCGGUAAGCAAGGCCAAGUACCAGCAAGAGUCGCAGCGCACGAUCGAGACGGAGAAGAGGGAGCGCGUCCUGAUGGACAGCCACGGCAACGUGAUCCAAGUCCAGCCGAUCGGCCCCGCGAGCACCAACCCCAAGCUCGAGCAGCUCGAUUUUCUCGCGGCGGAGCUCAUCAAUUCGGCAAACUCCCUGACGACCGGCAAAAACGGCACCGCCAACGCGCCACCGGUCGUGCACAAGAACGUGGCGUACGAGAGCGAGGACUCGCCAAACUCGAGCAAAGUCACGGUCCACAGGGAAGAACUCGCGACAACCGGCAACUCAGCCGAUUUCUCGACCAGCUACAUGAUGGCCCACACCGAGACUUGGGACAGCACCGGGACCAACAACGACAAGCAGCAGCAGCAGCAACGAGUCGUCCCAAAGAGCGAGUCGCUCGAGGUGCAGGACGUGACCGAUUGCGCGGACGUGGGGCAAACCACCACCAGCAGUACCGGCUCGUCGUACGUCGUCGAGUACGAGAGCAAAACGACGACGGUCGAAGACUCUGGCUACGGGUCGUCGAUCGGCAAGCCCGCGCCCAAAAAGCCCGGCGUCUCGGCCUGGGACGGUACCUUUGUGUACGAGAAGCCGGUCAGGCGGGUGGAGCAAAGAUCCGGCACCGUGGACAUACGCGAGGUCACCGAGGACACCAGCGAGACGGACCACGGCGUCAGCUACACCGUCCAGCUGGCCUCGAGCGGCCACGAUCUCGCCAACACGUCCAAGACGACCACCAAGGAGCAGCACCAGCAGAGCUUUGUGUCAGACAGGCCCCAAGCCGUGACCACUACCACCUAUCAGGUCGGGAGCAACGAUCUGGGCGGGGGCCUCAUCGAGGAGACGGUCAUCAGACACGAGAUCACCGAGACGCACUCGAGUGGCCCGCCGAGGUAUCCCACCUGGGAAACGAUCGUCAACGUGAACGGUAGCACCGGAAAGACCGAGGAAUCGGUAGUGGUGCACGAGAUCACGGGCAACAGGUCGAGAAGCCCCUCGAAGACGAGGUUCCCUACGAGUAACACCUCCUCGUGGGACCGCACUUUCGUCACCGAGAUGACCCGCGACGCGACGAAGAAGGACGUGGUGUUGGAGUCUGGCAAGCCAAAGACCAGCUCGACCCAGAAGACGACGAUGGACCGUGGUAUCAAUCUCGCCAACGUGUCCUCGUCGAAGACGACCUCCAAGGAAGAGAGCUUCGUGCGCGAGAGUAGCGUCGAGCGGAUCGAGGAGACGCGCGUAUGGCGCGAGGGCAGCUCCGACCGGCCCCAAGCAGUGACGACGACCUCGUACCAGGUCGACCUGGGCGGGGGCCUGAUCGAGGAGACGGUCAUAAGACGCGAGAUCACCGAGACGAGGUCCGAGAGCCCGGAGAGGACGUACCAGCCGAGCUCGGCCACUUCCACGUGGGACGGGGCCUUUGUGAGCAAUUACGAGUACGUGGUGCCACCCGUGGCCCCGGGCUCUCUGAUCGAGGAGACGGUGGUCAGGCACGAGAUCACCGAGACCCACUCGAGUGGCCCACCCCAGCUACGGUACCCCGACACCGGGAAGAUCGAGGAAUCGGUAGUGGUGCACGAGAUCACGGGCAGCAGAUCCAGAAGCCCCUCGAAGACGAGGUUCCCCACGAGCACCACCUCCUCGUGGGACGGGACCUUCGUCUCGGAGAUGUCCCACGACGCGACGCAGAGGGACGUGGUGAUAGAGUCCAGCAAGAUGAAGACCACCUCCAGCGACGGCUCGUUCAUCUACGGGCCCCAGCAGCCGGUCGCCGACGAGAGCCUGUACAUCACGACGCUCACGCUGGACGAGGUUGACCACGUGGGCAAGGAUGUGGUCGAGACAACGGCGUCCCACCGCUUCGACGCGUCUGGCCUGAGGGACGCGACCACCAAGAAGCGCAAGGAGAUCGAGAUCGUCAUCGUGGACGCACCACCGACGCCGAGACCGAGGUCGCCCCAGAAGACGACGAGUACUAAAAUGAACUCCUCGACGUGGGACGGCUCGUUCGUAAUGGAGAGCCCGCGUGGGCCAAAGCCCGUCGUCAAACCUAGCGAGGACAAGGUGUUGACGAGUACCGUGACUUACGACGCGGAGGACCGGCUGUUUGGAUCCGAGAGGCUGCACGAGUCCCUGACCAUCAACGAGAGCUACUUGACCGUCACGGACUUUACCAGCGUGGGCCAGCAGGAGACCCGCACGGACGAGUUUAUCGCGGCGGAGAUCCGAAAUGUUGAUGAAACUGAGACGACGACAACUAGCAUGGUAGCGCAAGAUGUGGCCAGCAGCGAGAGCCAGUUCGUCGAGCAAAUCAGCGUGUCGAGCGUGCCGGCCGCGGGUUCGCCUACGCGAUCCUCACCCGAGAGACAAGUGCGGCCCAUACCCUUCCUGCGGGAGGACACCAAGACGACCGUCACCUCGACCAAAACAACCAAAGAUGAGUCGCUCAAGAGACGGUCGUCGAACGCAAAAAUCACCUCGACAUUGCUGGAAAGCACGGAUGGGUCCAAGUGGCAGCCGGACGCUGUGUCCACGCCAAAGGAAAAGAUCCCGAAAAAAACCGAUACCGAGCUCGCCAAGCUACCGAUCACGGAGCGAUGCAUCUGCGAACUGUGCACUUGCGGGCGUCACCGCUGUCCGCACAACGAUUUCCAGGAACAUCUGGAGAUCUCUCACGAACCAGCCGUCUCGGUGACUUCGUACAGGGAAGAAUACGACGAGAAGCACGUAGAUCGGCAGAGCAGAUUCUACCACGAGGACCACUUGCACAUGGAGGGCGAGUUCAUCGGCGAGCGUCGCACUGACUACGUGGCGACCAAGGGCGAACGCGUUUUUGUCACAAAGCCGCAGGACAACCUCAAGCCGGAGGGAGAAUUCGAAAGCAUAACGACAACAGAGCUGGUGUUCACCGGUGCCCCCGGCGAAAGACCAAGAGCUGGCCGUCGCAACACUUACACAAAGAUCGAGGGCGAGUUCACGGACGAGACGACCACUAGGACGGAGUUUGUCGACCACCACACCGUCCAGAGAUCCGAAAUCAUUCGGAGAUCCGAUAAUCUUGUCACGGGGGAGGGCGAAUUUGUGAGUACCUCGCACGUCAAAGAAGAUUAUCAUCCACACGAGAUAGUGCCGCAAAAGCCAAUAAUACCAAUGGACGUGGACGACAGUCAUUUUUACGAAAAGACGGACGUGCAGCAGUCGACGACGACCUUCGAGGAGUACCGCGAGUACGAGCACAAGGACAUGGUGGACUCUCGCUCGACGAUAACGAGGCAGGAGGACAACCUGAAAAUGGAGGGCGAAAUCGAGACAGUGUCGAAAACUCAAACGGACUUUGUUCCCAUGCUGACGGAGAGGCCGGAGCCCAUCAGGCCAAGGGACAAUCUGAAGCCGGAGGGGCCGUUCGAGGGCCGCCCGAAGGACGAUUACACGGUCGUUCGUGGCGAGCGCGUCGACGUGAUCAAGCGCACCGACAAUCUGCACAUGGAGGGUGAGUUCACCGACACCCGCACUCGGGACGACUACCAAGUGUUCAAGAGCGAGCGUGUCGACAUCAUAAGGCACACGGACAACUUGAUCAUCGAGGGAGAGUUCGAGGGUAGGCCGAAGGACGACUACGUGCUGAAAACCGCGGAAAAGCCAAUAGUCAAGAAGCCGAAGGACAAUUUGAAGCCGGAGGGCGAUUUCGAGAGGCCGGAGAAGCCGGCCCCGGUUCAGCCGGUUGAGAGACGUUCACCCAUCAAGCACGCGGACAAUCUUAAGCCGGAGGGUGAUUUUGAAAGGCCAGAGAAGCCGGCACCGGUGCAACCCUUCGAGAGACGCUCACCUAUCAAGCACGCGGAUAAUCUCAAGCCCGAGGGUGAGUUCGAGAAGCGGCCAAAACCUGAGGCACCGGUAAAGGGCGAGAAAGCCGAGGUUAAGCGUCCCCAUGACAACUUGAAGCCUGAAGGUGAAUUUGAGCGUCCGAUACCCCAAGAAUUUAAACCAGCCGAGAGACCAGUGCAGAAGAAGCCAAAGGACAAUCUCCAUCCGGAAGGUGAAUUUGAACGUCCAACGCCCAAAGAGUUCAAACCUGCUGAGAGACCAGUUCAAAAGAAGCCUAAGGACAAUCUCCAUCCGGAAGGUGACUUUGAACGUCCGAUACCCCAAGAGUUUAAACCAGCUGAGAGACCAGUGCAGAAGAAGCCCAAGGACAAUCUCCAUCCGGAAGGUGACUUUGAACGUCCGAUACCCCAAGAGUUUAAACCAGCUGAGAGACCAGUGCAGAAGAAGCCCAAGGACAAUCUCCAUCCGGAAGGUGACUUUGAACGUCCAACGCCCAAAGAGUUCAGACCAGCCGAGAGACCAGUGCAGAAAAAGCCAAAGGACAAUCUUCAUCCGGAAGGUGACUUUGAACGUCCGAUACCCCAAGAGUUUAAGCCAGCUGAGAGACCAGUGCAGAAGAAGCCCAAGGACAAUCUCCAUCCGGAAGGUGACUUUGAACGUCCAACGCCUAAAGAGUUCAAACCUGCUGAGAGACCAGUUCAGAAGAAGCCCAAGGACAAUCUCCAUCCGGAAGGUGACUUUGAACGUCCAACGCCCAAAGAGUUCAAACCUGCUGAGAGACCAGUUCAAAAGAAGCCUAAGGACAAUCUUAAGCCAGAAGGAGAGUUUGAAAAGCGACCUAAGGAAAAGGCCCCGACAAAGGGUGAGAGAGCCGAUAUCAAGAAGCCGAAGGAUAACUUGCGACCAGAAGGAGAAUUCGAGCGCCCCGAGAAAGUUCCAUAUGGUCCAGGGGAGCGAAGAUCCCCAAUAAAACAAGUGGACAAUCUAAAGCCCGAGGGCGAGUUUGAAAGACCAAAGCCCUCUGAGUUCAAGCCGGCUGAAAGACCAAAGCAAAAGAAGCCCAAGGAUAACCUCAAACCGGAGGGUGAAUUCGAAAGGCGCCCGAAAGAAAAAGCUCCAACAAAAGGUGACAGAGCCGAGGUUAAAAAGCCAAAGGACAAUCUUAAGCCAGAGGGUCCGUUCGAAGGUCGUCCCAAAGAUGAUUAUAAGCCGGUAAGAGGUGAACGAGUUGAUAUCGUCAAGCACGAGGAUAACUUAUUCAUGGAAGGUGACAUGCAGGUCAUCACAUCUCGAGACGACUACACUGAUUUUGUUGUUCGCGAGCGCGCUGAAGUCACCAGAUAUCAAGAUAAUCUUUUCAUGGAAGGCGAGUUUAUCGAUAUGCGCACACGAGACGAUUACAAAGUCGUUAAAGGCGAAAGAGUGGAGAUAAUCAAACACGAAGAUAAUCUACGUCUGGAGGGUCCGUUUGAGGGCAGGCCGAAAGAUGACUUUACACCCAAGAUAGCAGAAAGGCCUCAAAUCAAAAAACCUGAGGACAAUCUACGCCCAGAGGGUGAAUUUGAGAGGCCAGAAAAAUCUCCGGUCGGUCCAGCUGAAAGGCGGACUCCAAUCAAACACAAUGACAAUUUGCGUCCCGAAGGAGACUUUGAGAGACCAGUUCCCCAGGAGUAUAGGCCGGCAGAGAGACCGGUGCAGGUCAUACCUCAAGAUAAUCUACGUCCGGAAGGCGACUUUGAAAAACGUCCUGUUAAAAAGGCACCUACAAAGGGAGAAAGAGCUGACAUUAAAAAGCCCCAGGAUAACCUACGACCAGAGGGAGAAUUUGUGAGGCCUGAAAAGACACCAGUUGCCCCGGCUGAGAGACGCUCACCCAUCAAGCACGAAGACAAUCUCCGCCCUGAAGGAGAUUUCGACCGACCAACUCCUAAAGAAUUCAAGCCAGCCGAGAGACCUACUCAGAAGAAGCCAAAAGACAACCUCAAACCCGAAGGUGAUUUCGAAAGGCCCAAAAAGGCACCUGUUAGUCUAGCUGAGAGACGUUCGCCCAUUAAGCACGAAGACAACUUACGCCCAGAGGGAGAAUUUGAGCGUCCCGCUCCGAAAGAGUUCAAACCGGCCGAAAGACCGGUGCAGAAGAAACCCAAGGAUAACCUCAAACCUGAAGGUGAGUUUGAAAAACGUCCGAAAGAAAAAGCUCCAACAAAGGGUGAACGAGCUGAGGUCAAGAAGCCAAAAGAUAACCUCAAACCUGAGGGACAAUUUGAAAGGCCCGAAAAGGCACCUGUCGGUCCAGCUGAGAGACGCUCACCCAUCAAGCACGAAGACAAUCUCCGCCCUGAAGGAGAUUUCGAAAGACCUGUUCCAAAAGAGUUCAAGCCGGCUGAAAGACCGGUACAAAAGAAACCCAAGGAUAACCUAAAACCUGAAGGUGAGUUUGAAAAACGCCCGAAAGAAAAGGCACCCAUGAGGGGUGAAAGAGCCGAAAUCGUCAAGCACGUCGAUAAUUUACACAUGGAAGGAGACAUGGAAGUUAUUACAUCGAAAAAUGAUUACACCGAUUUUGUCAUUCGGGAACGUACUGAGAUAACAAAGUACGAGGACAACUUGAAAAUGGAGGGCGAAUUCAUCGAUAUGUGCACCCGAGACGAUUACAAAGUUGUCAGAAGCGAACGAGUGGAUAUCAUUAAACACGAAGACAACUUGCGCCCAGAGGGGGAAUUUGAUAGACCAGAAAAAAGACACGUUGGUCCAGCUGAGAGAAGAGUACCAAUUAAACAUGAAGACAAUUUGCGCCCAGAGGGAGAAUUUGAUAGACCUGUUCCAAAAGAGUUCAAGCCGGCUGAAAGACCGGUACAGAAGAAACCCAAAGAUAACCUUAAACCUGAAGGUGAGUUUGAAAAACGCCCGAAAGAAAAGGCACCCAUGAGGGGUGAAAGAGCCGAAAUCGUCAAGCACGUCGAUAAUUUACACAUGGAAGGUGACAUCCAAGUUAUAACAUCGAGAAACGAUUACACCGAUUUUGUGAUCCGUGAACGCACCGAAGUCACAAAGUAUGAAGACAACUUGAAAAUGGAGGGCGAAUUCAUUGACAUGCGCACGCGAGACGAUUAUAAAAUAGUCAAAUGCGAUCGUGUGGAUAUCAUCAAACACGAGGACAACUUGCGCCCAGAGGGAGAUUUUGAGCGACCAGCACCUAAGGAAUUCAAGCCAGCCGAGAGACCGACACAGAAAAAGCCAAAAGAUAACCUCAAACCCGAGGGUGAAUUUGAAAAGCGGCCUAAAGAAAAGGCACCCACAAAAGGCGACAGAGCCGAGGUUAAAAAACCUAAGGACAACCUCAAACCCGAGGGUGAUUUUGAAAGGCCAGAAAAGUAUCCAGUUGGUCCCGGUGAGCGCCGCUCACCCAUAAAACAUCCUGACAAUCUGAGACCCGAAGGAGACUUUGAAAAACGCAAGCCGGAACAGUUUAAGCCGGCUGAGAGACCGGUACAGAAGAAACCUAAAGACAACCUAAAGUCCGAAGGUGAAUUCGAAAGGCGCCCGAAAGAAAAAGCUCCGACGAAGGGUGAACGAGCCGAGGUCAAGAAGCCAAAGGACAAUCUUAAGCCAGAGGGUCCGUUCGAAGGUCGCCCCAGAGAUGACUACAAGCUGGUCAGGGGAGAGCGAGUCGACGUCGUCAAGCGCACCGACAACCUCCACAUGGAGGGCGAGUUCACCGACACCCGCACCCGAGAUGAUUACAAAAAGUACGUCGUGUGCGAGCGCGCCAAGGUGACCAAGUACCAGGACAACCUCCACGUCGAGGGCGAGUUCACCGACACUCGAACUCGGGACGAUUACAAGAUCGUCAAGGGGGAAAGAGUCGAAGUGGUCAGGCACGAGGACAACUUGCGAAUCGAGGGGACGUUCGAGAGGCCGGAAAAGUCCCCGGUCGGCCCAGCCGAGAAGCGUCUGCCCAUUCGGCACACGGACAACUUGAGGCUCGAGGGCGACUUUGAGAAGCGCCAGUCGCACCAGUACAAGCCAGCCGAGCGCGCCGUCCCGAAGAAGCCCCAGGAUAACCUGCACCCCGAAGGGGAAUUCGAGAGGCGCCCCAAGGAAAAAGCCCCAACGAAGGGCGACAGGGCCGAGGUCAAGCGACCCAAAGACAACCUCCGCACGGAGGGCAAGAUGGACAUCCCGAAACGAUCCAGCGUCGGACCCGGCGAGCGCCGCUCUCCCAUCAAACACCCCGACAACCUAAAGCCCGAGGGCGACUUUGAGAGACCAGCGAGCAGGGAGUACAGGCCCAGCCAGAGACCAGCCCCGAUCCUGCCCCACGACAACUUGCACCCGGAGGGCGAGUUCGAGCGCCGGCCCAAGGAGAAGUCGCCCCCGAAGGGCGAGCGCGCCGAGAUGAAGAGGCCACAGGACAACCUAAGACCCGAGGGUAAGCUCGAAGUGCCGCAAAAGUCGAGCCCCGGCCAAGUGCCCAUCGAGAGACGCAGCCUCAUCAAGCAGACGGACAACUUGAGGGUAGCCGAGAGCGAGUUCGCGAAAAAAACCAGCCACCACCAGAAGAAACAGGAGGUCGACAGGACGACGACGGAGAGGACGGAAAAGCGGCGGGUGAUACAGCGCUCGGAUCUGAAGAACGAGACCGAGUUCGAGAAGACGCUUCGCGUGGAGCAACCCAGCCCCAAGAGGCCCGAGGGCGAGCUGCGCACCGUUAGCUCGACGAUGAGCGAUUACCAGCGGGUCGACGGCGAGCACCACCGUGCCCAGGCCUACCGACGGGAGGACCACCUGCGCAUGGAGGGCCACGUGGAGACCCGUCGCUCGAGCGACGACUACAAGCACCAGCAGCUCAGGAACGUGGAUAAGGUGCAAUCCUACCGACACCAGGACAACCUACGCAUGGAGGGUGAGUUCGACGGACGCAGACGGGACUCGGAGUACACUCGGAGCACCGAGCGCAGAAGCCCCAUCAAGCACCAGGACAACCUACGCCUGGGCGGCAGCUUCGACGGCCAGAGCAGCAUGAAGACGUCCUACACGACCGUGUCCCAGGACGAGGAGAUCCGCAAGUCCCACAGCACCACGAGGACGUCGAUGACGGUCCAGGGACCGGGUAUACUGGCCGGCAGACAGGAGAACAACGCGAGGAGCUCCGAUUCCUCCAAGUACCAGCAGCAGGUGAUGGUCGUCGGCGGGGACAGCGGCAACAGGGUGGCCUCGCCCACCAGGACCCGGUGGAACGUGGUCACCUCGACCACGGACAUAAGCAACACGGCCCUGCACCGGCGCAUCGCCAGCGCUGAGCGCAACGACACCAGCCACCAGAGCAGUUUGAGCAAGCGGGUGGUCGAGGGGGGCGGCAACCCAUACGCCUCGUCGAGCUACGAGCGGGAGCAGCGGGUGGUGCGGUCGCCCCCGCGGGACAGCCUAGCGGUCGGGGGCUCGUUCUACCACGCGACGGAGGCGCGCAGCAGCUACGGGAAGCGGGAGGUCCAGAGGGUGGACAGGUCGCGCAGGCAGGCCAACGUGUCGCGCAUAAGCUUGGGGGACGAGGGUGGCCACGGGUUGACGGGUGGGUCGUCGUAUCGGAAGGAGUACGCGGAGAAGGUGCCCAGGGGACCUUGUCCGGCAUCACUGCUCCAGGCGGACAAGGCACCGUUCAAACUGACGCGCGACACUCCGCGCCACAAGUUCUACAUACCCGUCGUACAAAGCAAUUAACCACCACCCCCCUCACGCGGCCACUUUUUUACAUUGCCAUCGAUUACUAUUUUUUUUUUUUUACUUACAUAUUGCUAUUUUGUUCGUGGAUCGUCGGUGUACCCGUAGAUGGUCCAGACUGUGAUAAUUGUGUUGCGUGAACGGAGACGACAGCCCAUUCUUCUUCUUCUUCUUUUGGACUAAAUUUCGUUUCCUUUUGGUUUUUUCGAUAAAAUACACGCCCCGUUGAGAUUAUUACUCCAUGAAAAAUAAAUUAAACAGGUUCAAGUCGUCUUGUGCUGCCACAAAUGAAUGAAUAUACUCAUUACGUACAGAAAUAUGAAAAUAAUCAAUAACAAAAAAAAAAAAAAAAAAAAAAAAAAAAAAAC